AUUUUUUCAAAUCUCAAAAGAAUAAUAAUAUUAAAAAUAAUAUUCUAAUAAUAUUUUAUUCAACUUUCAUUUUCAUCUCAACUCAUCUCAUCUCAACUCAGUAUCCAAACCUCGUGUAAGAGAUUUCACGAAAAUAAAUGUAUUAACUGAUAUGGCAUUACGUGGUAUGCUAGAUUCAGAUUGAAUAUUUGAUGAUCUAUUUAAUGUUUCUGAAUCCAGAUCUAUUCGGUUGCUUUUGGUUGUGGAUGACCACGAAUUUAAGGAAACGAUGAGGUAGAUCUGCCUGCCCAUUCAACUGGUGCUUGCCCCCUAAUAUUAAUCAUUUCAUCUUCGAGCAUUGGCCAUUUAGCUAUUGCCAUCACCCAAUUUUCCCGCUUGGUUGGAUUUUUUUAAAAUAUGUAUAUUUGUCUGACUAUCAAUUGUAUCAUCACUCAUGGUUCCUCCUCUCUAGGGACUUGACUACCUUCUUAAUUUGCAUCCAUAUCUAUUCCUCUAAAAGUCAGCAUUUAUGUGGCAUCCCUUCAUCCUCAGAGCUACAACUUCCUUCCUCUGGCCACUUUACUAUAUGCAUCAAUUACUUUUGACUACAUAUCAUUACAUUGCUCCCUAAGCCGAUUCCCUUGUACUUUACUAUCAAUUAUAUGAAACUACAUCAUGAUGCCCUUGUCCCUCUGGAUUUGACAUCAACAGCAACUCUCAGAUCAUCAACGUACCAAGAAACCCAGAUUCCUUAUCAAAACCUACAAUUCUCCUAUGGAUUCGAAUUUAGAAACAACACCCAAACUCUCCUAAUUCUCACCAAAAAACAAUGGAAAUGUAAGGGUCAAAAGUUAAACAUUAUUAGGGUGCUAUAAUAUUGUAGAUAUGAGGAUGGUACUCUAAUUUGAUUGAUAACCCUUAUUUAUAGUAGAGUAAUACCAUAUACAAAUGGAGCAUAGAGGUUACAACCAAAAUCCCAAAACCAUGCUCCUUAUAAUGUGCUAUAUUGCACAUUAAUACAUUAUCAUACAUUUGGCUCUUGAAAGGCAAUCACUAUCUCAUAAUAAUUAAUUAUCUUAUCAUUUUUCCCAGGUAUGAAUCAACAAUUGUCCAAGAAAUCAUUAAAAGGAUACUUCAAGGAUUGAGUCGUAACUUUUUAACUCUUUCCAAGGACCUUGUUGGAAUAGAAUCCCAUGUGGAGGAAAUGAUGAACAUACUUGGUAUUGGAUUGGAUGAUGUUCGCUUUAUAGGAAUUCAUGGUAUGGCUGGAGUGGGUAAGACAACUUUGGCAAAAGUCAUUUAUGAUAGAAUAUCUCACCAAUUUGAAGCUAGCAGCUUUAUUGCCUGUAUUAGAGAAGAAACUAGAAAUCGUGGUUUAGUUUCUUUACAAAAACAACUUCUUUCUAAGAUCUUCAUGGAAAGGACAAUAAACAUAUGGGACGAUCGUGAGGGAAUGAAUAUGAUACGGAAUAGACUAUGUUAUAAAAAAGUAUUUUUAGUCCUUGUUGAUGUGGAGAUAGAAGAACAUCUAACAACAUUAGCAGGGAGCCAUGAUUGGUUUGGUCCAAGGAGUAGAAUCAUUUUAACGAGCAGAGAUAACCAUUUAUUGAAAAGACAUGGAGUGAAUGAUAUCUAUAGGGUUAGUGAGUUGAAUAAUGAUGAAGCAUUGCAGCUCUUUAGUUUGGCAGCUUUCAAGAAACCUUAUCCUAGAGAAAAUUAUGUUGAUUUAUCCAAAGGCUUUGUGAAAUAUGCUCAAGGCCUUCCUUUAGCUCUUAAAGUUUUAGGGUCCUCCUUGUUUGGUAGAGGAACAAAUGCAUGGAAAGGUGCUUGGGAUCAGCUGAAAGCAAAUCCUAAUAAAGAAAUUUUAGAUAUACUUCAAGUAGGUUUUGAUGGAUUGGAGGAUUUGCAAAAGAAACUAUUUUUAGAUAUUGCUUGUUUUUUCAAUGGAGAGCUUUUAGAUAACAUUUUAAUGGAUAUAUUAGAAAGUUUUGGUUAUUACCCAUACCUCAAUAUUGAUAUUCUCAUGGAGAGAAGUCUUAUAACCAUCUCAUCUAAAAAGUUGAUGAUGCAUGAUCUGCUACAAAAAAUGGGUCAAGAAAUAAUUUAUGAUGAAUCCCCCGAAGAGCCUGGCCGGCAUAGUAGAUUGUGGCAUUAUAAGGAUGUCCUUCACGUGUUGAAGAAUAAUACUGGAACUGACGUGAUUGAAGGCAUAGUGCUAAACUUACCUAAUCAAAAUGAGGAACGAUUCCAUGUUAGAACCUUCUCAAAGAUGAAGAAAUUGAGAAUACUUAAAAUUCGCAACACAAGUUUUGUCAACAUAAGUUUUUCUAAUCUCUACCAUAAGUUAUUGAAUCUGCAUUGGCACAGUGGCGACCCUUUAAGAUUCAUGCCAACACAUAGGUUACGGGUGCUAGAAUGGUCUGAAUAUCCUUCAAAAUCCUUGUCAAACAGCUUUCAACCAGACAAUCUUAUUGAACUUAGAUUUCCAUGCAGUCACAUCAAGCAACUAUGGAAGGGAAUUAAAAGUUUUGGGAGUUUGAAACGCUUUGAUCUUAGCGGCUCUCAAAACUUGUUGGAGACACCAAACUUCACCGGAGUCCCAAGUCUUGAGACACUUGACCUUGAAGGUUGUACAAGUUUAUCUAAGGUCCACAAAUCUAUUGGUGUUCUCAAACGGCUUAGAUGAUUGAAUCUACAUGCUUGCAAACGCCUUGAAAGCUUUCCAAAUGAGAUUAGCUUGGAGUCUCUUGAAUAUUUUUAUCUUUCUGAUUGUUCAAGAUUUGAGAAGUUCCCAGACAUUGUGGGAAACAUGACUUCAUUGCGGUUCCUUUAUUUGGAUAGUACUGCCAUAAAGGAACUACCCCCAUCAUUUAAGAGUUUAUGCGGCCUUUCCAUAUUGUCUUUACAUAACUACAAAAAGCUCUCAAUUUUUUCAAGUGUUAUUUGCAGUUUGUCAUCUCUUAAAAUUUUGGAUGUAUCUGAUUGCCUAGCACUUGGUGGAGUUGAAGAUAUGAAUGGUGAGGGGUAUUUGGAACAAUUGUAUAAAGGUGGAACUGCUAUCAAAUUCACUAAGUUUUUCGCAAUGCCAGAGUUUGGCUCAAAUGAUGCUUGCUCUACACAAGAAAUGUUUAUGACCAAUGAUGACUCUCUUGGGGCCUUCUAUAUUGGUUUUGAUGAUAGAGUCUACUACAUUAGAAGCCUGAAUCAUGAAAAGAGUAAUUUGCAAACAAAAGGCUAUGACAUUGAAAAUAAUUGUUUUAAGCCCAAGGUAAUGUGUGCAUCUUACUUGGGAGCUGAAAUUCCACAGUGGUUCAACAUGAGAAGUUUUGGUUCUCAUGUAACACUUCAAAUCCAUCCAAACUUAGAUAAUAAUAGUAAGUGGAAGGCAUAUGUUCAUUUUACUAUUUAUGAAGUUGAUGAGGUAGAGAAUUCAGAUCCAAGGAUUUUCAAGGACAGUCAUCCUGAUGAAGGCCAGUUUGUUGAGUUUGUUUAUCAUUUUGAGACUAAGGAAGGUCCUCUAACAAAACCCUUAGUCCUUCGUGCCCCUGAAGACCCUUCUGUAGGGCCAAUUGGGUUUGGGGUGUAUCUACCAGCCAAGUGGUUUUGGAGCAGUCAACUAAUUUGGAUGGAUGGAGCUAUAUUGGAGCAUCAGUUAAAACAAGUAGCUGGAAAGUGAAGGUGAAAGAGUGCGGGGUGCUCCUUGUACCUCAACAUCCUCAUUCUGAAUUCUAUAUUAAUAAUACCUAUAUUCUAGG